ACAACACGCUCACCGAGGUCGGCAGCACAAAGCAGAGUCGCUCUCUCACCAGCCUGCUCACACACACACACACUCUCACACGCGCUCAGACACUCGACACACACCUCCUCAGCGACGCCCGGGGAGCUGAAGCAAAACUGACGAGAGGAAGGAAGAGAAAAGGAGAGAAAGAGACCAGCAAAGAGAAACAAGAAGCAAAAGAAGAGAAAGUAAAGAUACAUUUUGGGAGAAAAUUAACCAGGUUGAAGAGCUUCCUCCUGAGGCCCCCUGCUGACUGUUAACAAGCACAACUCUGUACAAGUCCGGGAGCUUCAUGAGUGUGUGCACAUAACCUCCACUCCACCUCCGUGUGUGUGUGUGUGUGUGUGUGGCACCAUGCUGUGGACAGUGAUACUAGCGCUGCUGGUGCUUCUGCUGCUGCAGACUCAGCUGUCUGUGUGCUUAAGGGAAUUACGCAGCGGGAGUUCCAGCCCCCCUGCCUACUCUUCAUCCUCCUCUUCCUCCUCCUCUUACAAUGCCACCCAGCAGCGGUUGCCGGGGGCGAUUAUUAUUGGUGUGAGGAAAGGCGGCACCAGAGCUCUGCUGGAGAUGCUCAACCUGCACCCAGACGUUGAAGUGGCAAAAGCCGAGGUGCACUACUUCAACGUGGAGGAGCACUACCGCCGAGGCCUGGCCUGGUACCGAGCCCAGAUGCCCUUCACCCUCCCCGGUCAGCUGACAGUGGAGAAGACCCCCGGCUACUUUGCGGCUCCUCAGGUUCCUGCACGUGUCUGGAACACGAACCCCGCCGUGCGCUUGUUGCUCAUCGUCCGGGACCCUGCAGAGAGGCUGGUGUCCGACUACACCCAGGUCCUCCACAACCGCUUGACCCGCCACAAGCCCUACCAGCCGCUGGAGGAGCUCCUGAUCCACAAGGGCCACAUUGAUCCUGGUUACAAGGCGCUGCAGAGGAGCCUGUACCACGUGCAUCUGGCCCGCUGGCUGGAGGUCUUCCCCAGGGAGCAGAUCCAUGUGGUGGACGGCGACGCGCUCAUUCGGGAUCCCUUCCCCGAGUUGAGAAAGGCUGAGAGGUUCCUGGACCUGCCGCCCAGGAUAAGCCCCAACAACUUCUACUACAACACCACCAAGGGCUUCUACUGCCUGCUGUCUGCCGGACACGACAAGUGCCUGGACGAGUCUAAAGGCAGGCCGCACGCGCCGCUGAGCACCCAGGCCUUCAAGAAGCUCUGUCACUACUUCAGGAAGCCCAACAAGCUGUUCUUUGAAAUGGUGGGGAGGUCGUUUUCCUGGUGCUGAUCCAGCAGUGAAAAGCAGCCGAGGAGACAAAACACCUCCUGCACAAUGCCGACACAUUCAGGGACACAGAGGGAGAAUGAAAGCUGUGGUUUGUGUGUUUUAGGUAGAUGAGGGGAAAAAAGUUCAGUUUAGUUCAGUUAAAGUCAUAAACAUCUUUUGUUCUUUAUACCUGCUCAGGUAUAAUGUGUCCACGAAAGCAGCACAUGACGAGGACUGCUCGUGGUCAACGCAAACCUUUACCAUGACCAUUCUGGUGCCUCCUUGGAUAAACUCACUUGACGACAACCGUGCCAUACGCAAGUUUGAAACUGAAAACUGACUGCUCUUUAGUGCUCAUUUGUCGGGUAUUAAAAGAUGUGCAGACUCUGAAGUGCUGUAGAGAUAGGCAAGCGGUGAAAUGAUGGGUGAAUUUAUUAUUGUUGCACUAUGAACUCUAAUUGCAUUAAAUAAAAAGUCAAUCGAAGUUCAAUGUAGACAAUUUCAACACGUUCUCAUCCCAAGUUGUCACAUAUUGCUGCUUUGUGGUGGACUUCCGUGUCUGCAUUUAACUCUCUAAGUAUCCUUCUGCGUGUGAAACUGAAGCUCUGAGAUGUGGCUACCGUGAUGUCAACACAAGCACAUGUUGGGAUUAUGCCACACAUGGUUAUGUUUCAGCAACACAAGCACAUGGCGACCAACGAGGUACGUCAACACACGCACAUGCUGCCAUGGAUGGUUAGAUUUAGGCAAAAAAAGGUACAUAGAACGGUGAAGGAAAAAACAUCACAUUCAGUCAUGUGGGAAGCGAAUACUGGACUCCAACAUUAAUGUCCAAGGUUUGUUGGAUCCACCGCCACUCCCGUCCGCCCUAUAGGGACCUUCGUGCUCCCUGUAUCACGCCGUUAUCAGCAGCAUUUCAACCUGACGGUGUCCAGUGGCGUAUCAUGCUGCCGUGACAGGUGCUGUUGGGUGGCUUAUAAUAAGGCCACGAACAGUUCUGUCUGGCUCUGUUUACAACUGACGCCGUCCAUCUAUUUAUCAUGCAGCCACAGCAGGUGCCGUGCAGUGGUUUAUAAUAACACCGCGACCAGUUCUGUCCAGCCACAUUCUCAACUGACGUCGCCCAACCACGUAUCAUCCAUCUGACCUGGCAAACUGUAACAUCUGGCCACAUUGUGGCCGGGCUCUCAUCGGACGUCGUCCAAGGGCAUAUCAUGCAGACGUGAAAGGUGGCUUUUGGCAUUGGGAUCCUACACCAAAAUCACUGCAAAGCGGCAAUAUUUGACAACUUUGGGAUGAAAACGGGCUGACAAUUUCAAAACAGAAACCAACUCCAUGCUUUGAUUUUUCUCAGCAGUUUGUAACAUGUUUGUGUGUUAGUAAAACGUUUCAGUUAAUCAUCCUCUUUACUUCAUUCUUUUGUUAUUUUACAAGGUCGACUUUAAGAUCUUCUAGCUCUUUUGAAAGUAGCCACCUUAAAAACUCGUGUUUGAUUUCUUUUUACUUUCAAGGCCGAUGUAGUACUAUCCCUAGUUUGUGUGUUUUUUUUAAGACGUCCUUCUAAUAAACGUGUUCAGUCCUCA